AUGCAGAGCGCGCAGGUCUACUGCGUCGAGCGCGUCUUCGAGGACCUCAAGAAGCCGUUCGUCGCCAAGGACGUCGUGCGCCAGCUCAUACACCUGGACACUGUCGUCGCCGAUGUCUUCGAGCGCAUCUCGCUGCGCGUCCAAGCCGAGAAGGAUCGCGUCAAAGCGAUCGACGCUAGAAUUGCGGCCUGCCAGGCCAAAGUCAACGCCGUCACGGAGCGUGGCACGACCAACAAGGCCACGACCGUCUUUUCAACGGCCAAGUACCCUGCGCCCACGGUGCUGCCAGCGAUGAAGGGCCUCUACAGUGACAAGCCGUACGAAGAGACGCCGCCAUUGACGGCCGAGCUUGAAGCGACGCACUUUCUGCCCUCCGAGCCGCCGACGGCUGGGCAGCGCGCCCAGCUCAUGGCCGAGGUCGUCGAUUUGUUUGAGCGUGUCAACACGUUCAAGGCAACGCGCAAGGCUGAAGAUAUCAUGAAGGAGGAAGGGCUUGGCUCGUUGCCAGGCCAAGUGCCCACCGUUGGCGGUGUCCUUCUCUUCAAUUCGAGCGAGACGCCGUACCAGAACUACGUGCUCGUGGACAACCUCUUUGGCUCGGAAUUUGAAGGCGAAGAAGAGCAAAAGAAGAAGCUUGCCGCCGCGCCCGACACGGUCAUCAACCGCGGCGCCGGCAUCGACUACAGCAACAUGCCGACCGACAUUUACCGCCCGAAACCGGGCUCGAUGCCAGCCUUUUCCGAGAAGCUGCCGACCGACUUGCCGCUCAAGGGCCUUGUCGCGACCGACGUCCAAGUCGAUACGUCGGGCAUUCAGUCGAUUGCGCCGUCCAUGCAAAACAUGAUUGAGCUGCCGACGUUGCCCGAGUUUGCGACCGGCCCGACCGCGAUCGAGCGGCAUGUGGAGGGCGCCACGGCCCUUGGACCCUCGGACAUGACGCCCCCGCCGCCGCCGCCGCCGCCGCCGUCCCUCAAAUUCGAUGCACCGGAGUCGACCAAUGGAAGUUCGAUGCCGCCACCGCCACCGCCCCCGACAGGCGACGAUGCACCGCCGCCACCACCACCGAUGGACAUGCCGGCGUCGCCCGACGCGCCGCCGCCACCGCCGGUCGAGCCCGAGCCGGCCAACCCGCGGUCGAGUCUCAUGGACGCGAUCCGCAAUGCCAGCCUCAGAAAGCUCAAGAAAGCGGAUGCGACCGAGGUGCGGCGCAGUGGCGCCCCCGAGCCACCCAAGGCGCCGACCACCGUGCCGCAAGAAGCGCAGGAAGUGCCGACGCCGCAACAGCAACCGCCGCCACCGCCGCCCAUGGCCGACUACCCUGGCAACCGCAAGCUGCCGACCGUCGCCAUGUCGGAAGACGGCAGUGACGACGACGAGCGGUUCGACGACAAGGCGUCCAAUUUCGGCGAUGACAAAGAUGACGCGCUCUCGCGCAUCAAGGCCAUCCAAGAGAAGAACGCGACACAGAAGGACGCGCCGGCCAAGCCCAAACCUGUUGUCGAGCCCAUCAAGCAGCCCGACCCGCCAAAGUCGUCGGCCGCGACCAUGGACGCGAACAUUCGCGGCCUUCGCGACCGUCAAGACUCUCUCUCCAUGUCGGAGGCGUCCGACUGGUCGGACGACUAG